UUCCUUCCUUUCUUUCUGUCAGGUUCACUUCACAUGCUCACCAUCACCUCCUCCUCCUCCUCAACUAUUUUUCUACUGCAUGCCAAUAAUGUUGAGUGCCAGAAAAAGAAUAGUUUGGAAGGUACAAGGGGAGGAGGUAGCAGCCGCCCCCUGCCCUCCACUCACUCGUCAGUCACCAUUACCUACUGGCCGGCCGGCCCGGUGACCGUCUCCCCCCUCCGGCGCCCCGAGACCAGCGGUUCGUCCAGGGAGAAGAAUCGCGGGAACCGUGCGUGGAACCGCUGAGGGGCUGCGGCCUGAUCUGCUCCAGAAUUUUCGGCCUUCGAUCUCCCCGGCAGGUUCGGUUUCAGCCGUUAUUGGAGCAGAUGGUGGAGGAAGCUGCAAUGGCAGUAGGCUGAUCCUUGUGCUGCCAAUAAGAUGAGCCCUCUGCUGUUUGCAGACGCUGACCUUGGUGAUGUCCAUUAAUUCGGUAAAUUUCCUCACCAAUCAGCUGGGAGAUGGCGUACUCUGGACAGAGGCAUGCCGGUGCCGCCGGGAGCUCGUCGCGGCAGGGGAAUGGCUUGAAGGGGCAGGCCAGCUCAGUUGAGUUCCUAGGAAGGGGGAUGGUGGGGAUGCAGCUCAGAGAUGCAAAGCCAGAUGAUGCUGAUGAUGAAAGGGACAAUGAGCCAGAUGUGGUUGCAGAUUCUGGUUCUGAAGCUGGUCAAAUAAUUGCAACCACAAUCCGUGGUCGAAAUGGUCUGCCUAAACAGUGCGUCAGUUACAUCGCAGAACAUGUGGUUGGAACUGGUUCUUUUGGGGUUGUAUUUCAGGCCAAAUGUCGAGAAACGGGAGAAGUCGUUGCCAUCAAAAAGGUUCUUCAAGAUAAGCGCUACAAAAACAGGGAAUUGCAAAUUAUGCAUAUGCUUGACCAUCCGAACAUUGUUGGUCUUAAGCAUUACUUCUUCUCAACCACUGAAAGGAAUGAGCUUUAUCUUAAUCUUGUCCUUGAGUUCGUGCCAGAGACAGUAAACCGGAUGGCAAGACAGUACAACAGAAUGAAUCAAAGAGUGCCCCUCAUUUAUGUCAAGCUAUACACUUAUCAGAUAUGCCGAGCACUUGCUUAUAUACACAACUGUGUUGGCAUCUGCCACCGUGAUAUCAAACCACAGAAUGUUCUCGUUAACCCACAUACACACCAGCUCAAAAUAUGUGAUUUUGGCAGUGCAAAGGUCUUGGUCAAGGGAGAGCCAAAUAUCUCCUACAUAUGCUCAAGAUACUACCGAGCACCAGAACUCAUAUUUGGUGCAACUGAAUAUACUACAGCCAUUGAUUUGUGGUCCACAGGCUGUGUGAUGGCAGAGCUGCUUCUUGGACAGCCACUCUUUCCUGGGGAAAGUGGAGUUGAUCAGCUGGUUGAGAUUAUCAAGGUCUUGGGUACUCCAACAAGGGAAGAGAUCAAGUGCAUGAAUCCAAACUACACGGAGUUCAAGUUCCCACAAAUUAAGGCUCACCCAUGGCACAAGGUUUUUCAGAAAAAGCUUCCACCUGAAGCAAUGGACCUUGUCAGCAGGUUUCUCCAAUACUCGCCAGAUCUUCGGUGCACUGCUAUGGAAGCCUGCAUGCACCCGUUCUUUGAUGAGUUGAGAGAUCCAAACACCCGUCUACCUAACGGUCGCCCUCUUCCUCCCCUCUUCAACUUCAGAUCUCAAGAGCUAAACGGUAUACCUCCGGAAGUCGUCGAGCGCCUGGUUCCGGAGCAUGCGAGAAAGCAGAACCUGUUCAUGGCGCUCCGCACCUAGUUUUCGCAUGUCCUCUCCGUGUUUUUUCGCGUUGUUUGGUGCCUGGACUCUGGAGGGAAGCUUGUAAAUUGAGCUGUAGCUUUGUGUGGGUGCAAGCACUGGUGUAGUAGAGUUGCCCCAGGGUGCAUGUGAGGUUUGCAGGCUUGAUGGUUGAUGUGUAUAGAUGAUUUGGGGUUUCUGGAAGUUUCUUGCUUGGAUGAAUUGAUGCAAUCAAAAUCGUUCAGAAACA